AUGAACGACGAGACAGCCUCGGACAGCUGGAAGACGAACUCCGGGUGCUCCAGUAUUGAGCAAAUGCUGGCAGUGAAUCCCGGAAAGACACCAAUUAGUCUGCUGCAGGAGUAUGGAACGCGGAUAGGAAAGACCCCGGUGUACGACCUGCUGAAGGCCGAGGGACAGGCCCACCAGCCAAACUUCACGUUCCGUGUCUCUGUGGGAGAAAUCAGCUGCACGGGGCAAGGCCCCAGCAAGAAAGCGGCCAAGCACAAAGCGGCCGAAGCGGCGCUGAAGAUGCUUAAGGGGACCCUGGCGGAAUCCAUAGGUUUUAGUGUUGAAGGAGACGCGUUUCUCGGGAUUGAUGUGCCUGCGGAUGAAGAAAGUCUUUUGUGCAGCUCCCCAUGUGAGAUGAAAACUUUAGGCACUUCGCAGCAAUCCGAAUGCAACCCUGUUGGAGCUUUGCAGGAACUAGUGGUGCAGAAGGGAUGGCGUCUUCCAGAGUACACAGUGACACAAGAGUCCGGACCCGCACAUCGCAAGGAAUUCACCAUGACCUGCAAAGUGGAGAAAUUUAUGGAAAUUGGAAGUGGUACAUCCAAGAAGUUGGCGAAAAGAAAUGCAGCUGCCAAAAUGCUUGCACGGAUACACGACGUCCCAGUGGACCUGAAGACCAACAACGACCCGGACGCUGAAGACGACACUUUUAGUAUGAACACAGGGAAUAGAUCAGAGUCAAGCAAGAGUAAAGGCUACAGCUGCACAUGGGACGCGCUGAGGAACUCUGCCGGCGAGAAGAUCCUUCAGCUUCGCACUCACCCCCUGGGCUUGCCCGCAGACUCUGACUUCUGCUCGCUGCUCGACGACCUGUCUGUUGAGCAGUCCUUUGAAAUCAGUUACCUAGAUUUAGAGGAGCGCAGCCUGAGUGGCCGGUGCCAGUGUUUGGUGGAGCUGUCUACGCAGCCAAUCACCGUAUGCCACGGCUUCGCCCUGAGCGUGGAGGAUGCUCGAGCCAACGCCGCCCACAAUGCAUUGCAGUACCUAAAAAUCAUGGCUGGGGCGAAGUGA